GCACUGCUGUACUGGCCGGAAGGAAGUGCUCCGUCUGGCCAUCUGGGCGCCUUCCGCGGCGGCGCCCGGUCCCUGUGUCGGCGGCGCCCGGACCCCUGAGUCGGCCGGCCAGUCGUCCAGCCGCGUCCGUCCGCGCCGGUCGUGAUGGAGUAGCGGCUCGACCGGCGCGCACACACCACCCACACGCGAGCCAGGCGGCGCACAGUGAGGGACGGCGCAGUGGACGGAGCGCGCACGCGGCGGCAGUGACCCACACCGGCAGACAUGGCCCGCUGGGUGCGGAUCGCCGUGGUGGCCGUCGUGCUCGUGCUGCUCGUGCAAGAGGCGGCUGCUCAGCAGACCUGCGAGAGAGGUUCCUGCCUGCCGGCGUCAGGGAACCUGCUCAUCGGUCGCGAGGAGCGCCUGCAGGCGUCGUCCACGUGCGGUAACCGGCGACGGGAGCGAUAUUGUAUAGUGUCGCAUUUGGAGGAGCGUAAGAAAUGUUUCUGGUGCGACUCGCGGCCACAAACCGAGAAGAAGUUGUUGCUCAACCAUCAGAUCAAGCAUGCCGUCGGCGCCACCAAGAUCGGUCCCAAGGGGUACCGCCGGCUCACCUGGUGGCAGGCAGAAAACGGCAUGGAGAAGGUCCAGAUCCAGCUCGACCUGGAGGCCGAGUUCCACUUCACACAUCUCAUCAUGCGGUUCAAAACGUUCCGGCCAAAGGCCAUGGUCAUCGAGCGCUCCUACGACUUCGGAGAAACGUGGCACGUGUACCGGUACUUUGCCGACCGGUGCGCGGAGGAGUUCCCGGACGUGUACCAGGGCAGUCCGCGUACCAUGUCGGAGGUGGUCUGCCAGGAGCGGUACUCGCGGGUAGAGCCCUCCUCCCGUGGUGAGGUGAUUUUCCGUGCGCUGCCGCCGCGCCUGACGCCAGCCAACCCGUACAGUGACGAGGUACAGAACCUGCUGAAAAUCACCAACCUGCGCAUCAACUUCACCCGGCUGCACACGCUCGGCGACGACCUGCUCGACCACAGGAACGAGAUCAAGGAAAAGUACUACUACGCCAUCUACGAGAUGGUGGUGGCGGGCCGGUGCUCGUGCUACGGCCACGCGCCGCGCUGCCUGCCGCUGCCGGGCGUCGACCCGGUCCCAGAGAUGGUGCACGGCCGCUGCGAGUGCAUCCACAACACGCAGGGACUCAACUGCGAGCGCUGUCUCGACUUUCACCACGACCUGCCGUGGAAGCCGGCCGUCGGCAAGGAGACCAACGCCUGCAAACGCUGCAACUGCCACAACCACAGCGACCGGUGUCACUUUGACCCGGCGCGCUUCAACCAGACGGGCUUCGUGAGCGGCGGCGUGUGCGAUGACUGUCGGGACAACACAGAGGGCUAUAACUGCGAGCAGUGCAAGACUGGCUUCUACCAGGUGCCCGGCCUGGACCUGCGCGACCCCAACAUCUGCAGAGAGUGCGAGUGUGACCCGCGCGGCUCCCUGUACGACGGCAUCUGCGAGUCCAAGGCCACGGACACUCUCCCGGCCGGCCACUGCCACUGCAAGGAGAAGGUGGGAGGCGCGCGCUGCGACCGCUGUCAGCCCGGCUACUGGAACUUCACCGCCGAAAACCCGGCCGGCUGCCAGGAGUGCACGUGCGACCCGCUCGGCUCGCUGCCUGACAUCGGCUGUGACGAGCUGACCGGCCACUGCCGCUGCAAACGCCACGUGGUCGGCCGCAACUGCGACCAGUGUCCCGAGCAGUACUGGGGCCUCAGCGACCACCCGGACGGCUGCAAGCCGUGCAGCUGCGACCCGGGCGGCGCCUACGACAACACCUGCGACGUCAUCACCGGGCAGUGCAGGUGCCGUCCGAACCUGGCCGGCCGGACGUGCAGCGAGCCCCAGGAGAACUUUUACGGUGGCCUGCUCGACUACCUGGUCUAUGAGGCCGAGACGGCGCGCACAGACGAGCGCUCCCAGACGAUGGUCCGAGAGCCGUACCGGGACGGACGGCGCACCAGCUGGACAGGGCCCGGCUUCACACGCGUCUUCCAGAACUCGUUCAUCGAGUUCGACAUCGACAACAUCGAGCGCUCAAUGGACUACGACCUGGUGGUGCGCUACGAGCCCCAGUCGGCCGCCGCCUGGGACAACGUGCGUAUGACGCUGAUCCGCGACCCGGAGGACCCGAUCGACCCGGCCGGCCAAUGCGGCGCCAUGCAGCCGGGGGCUGACGAGCAGCGGCUCAUCCUGCUCUCCGACCGCCGUCACGUGACCGGCUUCCCGCCUAUUUGUCUGGAGAAGGGCAAACGCUACAAGGUGCGACUCGAGUUCGAGCCGUUCGCCGACGCGGACCCGAGCAGGAAUAUUGGCACCCUGAUCGACUCGAUCGCCCUGAUCCCGCGGGUGGCACAGCUGCCGAUGUUCUCCGGAUCAGCGGCGGCCUCGCUGCAGAAACAAGAGUUCGACCACUACCGAUGCGACGAGUAUUUUUACCAGGCGUACGGGCGCGAAGACAUGCCAGAGGCGUGCCGAAAACACAUGGCUAGCAUCGGGUACUACGUGUUCGAGGGAGCCAAGGAUAAAGAGUGCGGCUGCGACCCGACCGGCUCCGAGUCGACCCUCUGUGACCCGCUGGGCGGACAGUGCCGCUGUAAACCCAACGUGGUGGGCCGCCGCUGCGACCAGUGCGCUCCGGGCACCUACGGCUUCGGUCCGGAGGGCUGCACAGCGUGCGACUGUAACGCGGUCGGCUCGCUGGACAACUUCUGUGACCGUACCACGGGCCAGUGCAAGUGCCGGCCCAACACGUACGGCCGCAGCUGCGACGAGUGUCAGCCGGGCUUCUGGAACUACCCGGACUGCCAGCGGUGCGACUGUAACGGCCACGCGCCCACCUGUGAGCCCCGCACCGGUAUCUGCAUCGACUGUGCCGACAACACGGCCGGACACCACUGCCAAGUGUGCCAGGACACGUACUACGGCGACCCGCGGCUCGGCGUGGACAUCCCGUGCCGACCGUGUCCGUGUCCGGACACAGUGGAGAGCGGACACUCGUUCGCCGACCGGUGCUACCUGGACCCGACCACCGAGAGUGUCCUCUGCGAGUGUCGCGAGGGACACGCCGGCACUCAGUGUGACGUGUGCGCCGACAACUACUUCGGUAACCCGGAGGAGCCGGGCGGCUCGUGCCAGCAGUGCGACUGCAGCAACAACGUGGACCCGUCGCGGCCGGGCAACUGCGACCCGUCCACCGGCGAGUGUCUCCAGUGUCUGUUCAACACGGCCGGCUUCGCCUGCGAGCGCUGUGCCGACGGCUACUACGGAGACGCCGUGGAGAGGACCUGCCAGCAGUGCGUGUGUAACAUUCUGGGCACGGACGCGACCGCCGGUCCGUGCGACCCGGGCACCGGCCAGUGCCACUGUCUGGCCAACGUGAUGGGCAACCAGUGCGACCGGUGCAUCCCCAACCACUGGAAGAUCGCCAUCGGAGACGGCUGCGAGCCGUGCGCCUGCGACCCGGUCGGCAGCUCGGACGACCAGUGUAACGAGUACGACGGACAGUGCGUGUGUCGCCCCGGCUUCGGCGGCCGCCGGUGCGACCAGUGCCAGGACAACCACUGGGGCAACCCGCGCGUCCAGUGCUUCCCGUGCCAGUGCAACCCGUACGGCUCGGCCGAGAUGCAGUGUGACCGAGAGACCGGCCGCUGUCCCUGCAAGGAGGGCAUGGGAGGCGACAAGUGCGACCAGUGCGCGCGCGGCUUCAAGGGCCGCGCCCCGUACUGUGACGCGUGCGGCGAGUGCUUCGACAACUGGGACCGCAUCCUCACAGAGCUGAGAGACCGUACCGAGUACCUGCGUGACGAGGCUUCCAAGAUCCAGAAGGGCGGCGCGUCGGGCGCGUACCAGCGCGAGUUCAGGGAGAUGCAGGAGUGGCUGGACGGCGUUCGCGAGAUGCUCGGUAACGCCACCGUCUCUGACGACCAGGUGGACCGGCUGCAGGCCAACAUCGAUCAAGUGAGGUCGAAUCUGACCGAGUCGGAGCGGAUGCUGGCCGAGAUUGGCGACGAGGUGGAUGACGUCACGCAGCGUGUGCUGCUGGCCGAGCUGAAGGUGCCCGGUCUGCGCGGUCGGGCUGACUCGCUGCGGGCCGCCGCCCUGGCUCUGGAGCAGAACGUCACUCUGCUGCGCGAGGCGGACGUGGACGGCGCGCUGUCGCUUACCAGGGAUGCCCAGCGCCGCUCGGAGGCGGCCGAGUUCAGUGUCACUGAGAACGAGCGCCAGCUCGCGGAGUCGGAACGGCAGCGCCGGCGGACAGAGAACCUGCUCAGUCGCGCCGGACAGCAGUUCAACCAGUCACAGGACAGCAAUCAGCAACUCAUCGACAGCGUCAACCAGAAGCUGAGCGAAUUCGAGCGCGACAUCCCGGGCAUCAACAGCCAGGUAUGUGGCGGCGAGGGCGGCGACCCGUGCGACUCGCUGUGCGGCGGCGCUGGCUGCGGCAAGUGCGGCGGCCUGGCCUGCGAGGGCGCCAAAACAGUGGCCGACAGCGCCUUCACUGUGGCGGAGAAGGCGGCCACCACCCUCACCGAGCGAGAACGGGAGGUGGACGAACUCCUCCGAGGCGUGACCAUGGCGAAGCGGGCCGCCGACGAGGCGAACAGCCUGGCGCAGAUGGCUUUCACCGGCGCCGAGCUGAACCACAACCGCACCGAGACCACCAAACAGCGCGUCAGCGAGCUGCUGGUGCAGAUCGACGAGUUCCUCUCCGAGGGCGGCGCGUCGCCGCAGGCCAUCCGCGACCUGGCGCGCGAGACCCAGGAGAUGUCCAUCUCGCUGCGGCCCGAGAAAAUCACCGAGCUGGCGCGCCAGAUCAACGAGACGAUCGCGUCUCUGACCAACAUCCAGGGCAUCCUGGACGAUACUGCCGAGGACCUGGCCACGGCCAACGCGCUGAAACGGCGCGCCGACGACGCCAAGGCGCAGGCCGAGCAGAUUCUGCAGACGGCCCAGUCGGUGAUGACUGCGCUGGAGCGGGCGGCCAGCGCGCAGGACGCGGCGCGGGCCGCCAUGGGCUCGGCAGAGACCAGCAUUGAGCAGGCAGAGGCCGACCUCACCUCGAUCGCCUCGGAGACGGGCGAGGCGCAGCGCCAGGCCAACGAGUCGCUGGUAACCGUGAGCCAGCUGCGCGACCGGCAACAGGCGCUCUCACGCCAGUUCUCCAAGAACGAGCUGGACGUGGGAAGGGCCGUCAAAGAGGCGGCCAGCGCCGGCGAGCUGGCAGACAGGGCCCAGGGCAAGGUGGCUGAGCUCGAGAAGAACUACGAGGAGGCGAUCGCGCUGCUGCGACAGAAGGAGCAGGACAGCGGCUCGGCGCGCGAGAGGGCGCAGCGCCUGCUGGAGCGCGCCAGCAGCCUGUCGCUGAGGGCCAACGGCCAGGUGGAGGAGCUCAGAGAGAUGAACAGCGAGUUCAUGGUGUACGAGACCCGGCUGCGGGACCUCUCUGACGAGGUGAUGGCGCUGAACCAGGAGAUGGAGCAGUACCUUAACACCAUCACCACGCGGGCCGAGUACUACCGCACCUGUCAGUCGUAGGGUGGCCGGGUACGGCGGACGGGCGCGCGGCCACAGACUGCGCCCACCGGCGGCCGCCGCCCGCCGCCCGGACCUGUGUGCGCCGUCCGCGGGCCGUCUGUGUGUCUGUCUGUCUGUCUGUGUGUGAGAGCCAGCUGCGUGCGUGUGGGGGUGCGAGCGCGCGUGUGUCGCGCGAGAGAGUGUGCCAAAGUAUGGGAACGCCUCACUGCCGCCUAGUUAAUCAGUAAUCCGCCGAGCGCGACCGCUUCCCCGGCUUACCGAGGCAUAAUGAGUGGCGAGGCGAGAGCCGCCAACGCCGCCGCCGCCCGCACUUUUACUCAUAGUUUUAGCUGUCCAUAGGCUCAGGAAGGAUGAGCGGCGGCCGCCUGACGCGCCGCGCGCGCCCGGUGAGACUGAGCGGCCCGCGUGCCACCGCAGUGAUGUGCCAAACUCGUAACCUCCGCUAGUCGACAGGAUAAGACAAAUUACCUCCUCCCAAGUGCCGUUACGCUGCGUGCGCGUCCAACGAUGUGCCUUGGUCGGCCCGGCGCGGUCCCGGAAUCCGCGUCCGGCCGGCGCCACUCUGUACUUAUCUGAUCAAAUACACGAUCAUUUUAUACGUCGGUA